UGAGCUGGGCUGGCUGCCGUCCGUGCUGUUUGUGGCGAACAUUCCGACUUCAGCCUGCCGUUGCUGGGCCUAAUCGACUGUGACACUCUCGUGGGCACGGGUGCGCGAUUAUUUUUUACAUGGGGUGCAAGAGUUUCAAAGUUACACAUGCUCGAACUCGGUCAACCCUCGCCGAGAAGUGAGGCUCAAAACCCGGAUCUGGUUUUGUUAGGAGCGACAGGGGAAGCAAAGAUCUGGGAACACUUUGAGACGAUCUAGUAGGACCCCUUGGGUGGCUUGAGACCAACGGCUUGAAUCCUGGCGCAAUGGUUGGGUCGGCGUUGGUUGGGCAUUUCAUGUUCUCCAACUCCCUAGCUGCAAAAAUUGUGUACAUUACAGUACUGCAUUUGCCUCGCCGCAUUUGUCAUUGGCAUUCCCCACUGUCACAGCUACGUUAGCCUUUCUGACAUGCAAAGAGCUGUAGCCCCUUGGGAACGACGACGAGCCAAUGCAGCAAUGAGCUCAUUCAUGGCGUAAACACGUCGUCCCCUGUUCCGCCAUUCGCACACCGAUGAAAGCCGCACAUGCUUAUCUUUCGCCGAAACUCAUCACAGCACUUCCGCAUCGCUCGUGUCUAGGUCCGUGUCUUUUGGAGCGCUCCACCGUCAGAGAAGCACCUUCGCUCACCUUUACGCCAGCGUCGACCUCGCGUGCCACUGGAGGUUAUCUCAUUUCCACGCAUCCGAUAUAUUCUUCAUUUGCACCACGAUGGCGGGGUUGGAGAGCAGCGAUCGGGAGCUUGCGUACUUGACCUAUCUACUGGGGAACGAGCUGCUUGAACUGGACAUCCCCGCCACACCCACCACUCAGCCUGACCAUCAGAGGCCACUGCGAUCUGCCGAGGGAAGGGGCAGAGCUUCGUCUGCAGAGCCGUUGCCGGUGCCCAUGGCUCCCACCACCGUCAGCCUCGAAGAAAUGACGAUCUUCACGCAAGCUAGCGAGGCACAAGUGCGAAUCUGCCCACAGUCGAGGAGCGCAGUGCGAGGAACUGGCUCGUUUCACGGGAGAAGCUUCUCUGAGCCUGCUAACAACGUGGACGUCUCCCCACCGGGAUCUCUCGUGGCCUUUGGUUCAAUGGCUGGACCUGCCACUCUGUUGUCAAGGCGGCCCUCAUUGAAGCCUGCGUUUCUGGCUGUUGGCGCAGCAGCUCCCAUGCCCUACCCUGCUGCGUUGCUUACAACACCUGGCACUGCAGCAUUGGCAGCCUGUGACUUGGGGGCCAGUCAGCAGGGUGGAAGGUUGAGUCAAUAUCAACCUAUUCCACCUGAAGCACCUGAAACGCGGAGAAACAAAGUCUUGUCAUCCCAUGCCUCUCCAGGUUCCCCAGGCCCCAGCACCUUGGACCCGAUGAGGUCCCCACCCCAGAGCAAUUGCAAUCACUUGAGAACUGGAGGGUUUGGCAUCACAAAGAAGAGUGCGACUGAGAAACACAGAAGGGCUCGUGUCAGUCAGGGGUUUGCUAACCUGCGCGAGGUCAUACCACGGGAAUUCCUUAGCAACCACAUUCAGAAGACACGGGGAUUCACCCAAAAGGCUGACUUGUGCACACUGCUGAAUGCAGCAUCGGACUACAUUGACUACAUGAAGGUGGGUAGAUUUGGGCCAGUGGUUAGUCUAAUAGAUAUUGUGUUGCUUUCUAACGAUGCCCGUGAAUGGUUUUCUGCAGGGAUACAAGAGUAAUUUGGAGGCGCAGGUUGUACAACGUAGUUCUUUUGGGAUGCAACCAAAUAAAUAGGAUGCAACUAAACCUCUAACUAGGAAUCUAGCUUGUCCAAUCGAGUUUAUUAUGUUCACAUAAGGUAUUAAUUUUUGUUUGUGAGGGGACA